AAGUUUUAAUGCGUUCGAAGAUUUAAAAAAAUUUAGUCAUUCAUAAGAAAACAUGUCUAACGCUUCGUAUGAAACACCCUGUAUACAUAUACGUAUAUUAUUGUGUAUACAUACAGAGACCAUUCGUGUGAAAUGAAAUCAAAAUAUUUUGUUAGAUGGUUCAAAGUGACGAUAGAAAAAUGCAACAAGAAUCGCGAUUUUAAAAAGAUCGAUAGUAUCUCGAUUGGUGAAAAAUAGUCGAGAGAUAUCAGGAAGGUGAUCCUUAGAUCGGGGUUGGGGUCAGGUUCGGGUCGGAGUCAAGUUCCCUUCUUGCGACGUGCGCCGUAACCGUUGCGCCGUAUAACCUUCUGUCAGCCGUCCGUCGGUAGAGAGCGAGUACUUACUUACUCGUUGAUCAGAGGAAAGAUGGCUACGAAUUUUGGAGUAGAGUGUCAGUACUUUUUCGAAGAUGUCGUCUACUGUGUGGACAAGAAAGGUAACGUUGUAUUUGGAAUCGUUAUGGAAAAUGACGAUGAAGAUUUAUCUGAAGAAAGUUCCGAUAGCGAAGAAAGCCCUAAGAGAAAAAAGGGCGAGAUUCGCGUGGUCUGGCAUCCCUCCGGUGUCGAGGAGUUGGUCAACGCAAAAAAGAUUUAUUUGGCAGAUAGAACACUUAUGCCAGGGGAUGUUGUACGUCGAAUGAUUAAAGGAAAGGACACACAGAGAGGAUAUUGUAGAGAUAUUGAAUUAACUGCUUGUGUUCAAGUGAUUGGUACUAAACAAGUUCUUACAAAUAUUAGAAGCGAAGAUUUAGUUCCUUUAGAAGAGUUUGCAACCGAUAUAGCCGUUUGUAUGGAUUCUUGGGUGGGUGGUAUAAAAAUGGCGCACUAUAAAGUAUGGCUUACUACACCCGAUGGGUCCCGUUGUGUUGUAAAUGAAAUGGAUUCUUGCGUCCUAGGACAAUUAGAAGAAAAACGAGAUAAUGACAAUGACUUUCCUCACUCUUCUGAAUUCUAUCCUGGUCAAAGUUUGUGGGGACCAGUUCACUGCCUAGAAGAUGCACAGUGGAUUACGUGUACAAAAGAAAUGAAAGCGAAAAGGAAAACCAAACCGCAUAAAAUAACUAAAGUGAUCGUAGAAAAAGUAGAAACAGAUUGGGUAGGUGUACAGUGGCAGUGCAGAGCAUAUUCGAAGGAUGGCGCAUGGUCGAAUCAAGCUCAACCAAAGUUUGUAGUCGAAGGAGAAAAUUUGAAGAAAUUAAAAUUAUUAAAUGUUUUCGAGCCUUCUACGGUGCAAGUGGGAGAUCGUAAUUUCUAUAUAAUUAAAGAUAGUGAAAAUGUAAUUACACGAGAACAGUGGAGAAAGCAUCAAAGAGACGUUUUUCAAGUUCCUAAACACAGCCCAAAGAAAACACGUCCAAAUAUCAGUGUCACGAAGCCUCCCGAGGAUAAGAAAAAGGAGAAGGACAAGGAUAAAAUUAAUGAACAACAGACGUUACAAAACAGUGCUCAAAAUAAUAUUAACCAUUUACAAAAUGUGACAAGUAAUAAUACCCUAAUGCCUCCAGCACAAAAUCAACAUACUGAGAGUUCCGAUGACUGGGAUACAGAGGAUACUGGUUCGCAAAGCGACAGUGCUUCGGUAUCCAGUGGGUGUUCGAGUAUGUCAUCUAUGGGCAAAAAGAAAAAGGGUCCUGCUUUGAUGACUAAAGUACUAAAAAAAAAAAGGCUGUGCAAAGCAAAGAAAAAAGUGCCGCCUGUUCCACUUAUUCCAGGAACUAAAAUUGUUGUGGAAACGUUAUCUACGAAUACAAAAGCUAAUGUUGUGUGGCAAGAUGGCUCUGUAGAAUUUGGCAUUCCAUCGACACAGCUAUAUCCAAUUCAUCAUUUAGACGACAAAGAAUUCUUUCCAGGUGAUUUUGUAGUUGACCAAAAAGAAGAAUCUAGAAUGUAUGGUGUAGUUCAAAGUGUCGAUCACCAAGGUAGAACAGCUAAAAUAAAAUGGUUCAAAACCUAUACAUCUAGUCAAAGUCCACACCCAACUUUACUAGAAGAACGCGAGGUCAGUGUGUAUGAUUUGAAGGAUCAUCCAGACUUUCAAUACAGACCGGGUACAUUAGUAAUUCGAAUAGCUAAUUUUGAAGGCGAGGAUGCUGGGUGCACUGCUGGUCAAGUGCUAGAUAAUUAUCCAGAAGGACGAGUUAAAGUGUGGUGGGUCGAUGGACAUGUAAGUAUGUGUUGGCCUCAAGAUUUGUAUAAAGUAGGUGAAUAUGAUAGUGACGAAGGAGAACUGUGGGAUGACGUUUCGUCCGACGCGUCAUGGGAAACAGAAUUGGAAGAUUGUUUUAUCGCUGAUACCGAUGCAACGGAGCAAACAGAGUUGGAAAACAUAAAGCCAAGAUUAGCCGCCCACAUCGAGAAAGCUCGUAUCGCGAUGUCUAGAUUGGAAGAAAUCUUUACUCAAAAUCCAUCGCUUCAGACAACCGAAGUUAUGAGAAAAUUAUUAGAAGUUUAUAAAGAUUGUCGGUAUAUGGACAAACUUAUGGGCACCUCUUUCUUCCACGAGAGUCAUUUCCAGGGACUUUUGGAAAGGGUCAGAGAACGUGGUCGAGCAAACGUGGCACAACGUAUGGCGGAUCAAGUGACAAGAUUAUUUAGUCAUAAAUCUGAUGGAUCGGAGGAAAACACAGAAAAAGACAAUACAGAAAAUUCCAGUAGUAUACAAUCUGGUAGUAACCCUUCUGAGAAAAUCAUAACCAUAACGGAACCCACUGGCGACAAGAACGAGAAGGAUAGUAUUAAACAACGGAACGUUAAAGACGAAGAAUCGGUCGAUCGAUUAUUUAUCAACGUUAAUCCAAAUCCUGAAGAUUCUGGAUUAUAUUCUGCGGAUAAUUCGAAGAAAGAAUCAGGUUCGAGCGAGUCCAGUGGAGAAUUUCUACUCAGCGAGGAUGCAAAUAACGGGCCUGAUCGUUUGAUAGAAAGAGCGGAACCAAAUAAGUCCAUCAAAACGCAGAUGUACAUAACGAGUUCUCACGUGGCCGGUUCUCAAGUUUGCGUUAAACUGUGUACAUUGAUAAAAGCUCAGCUUGUGCUAGCGCACGCGGAGGUUUCAAAACGGUUUGGACUAUCAAAAAUGUCAUUAUCCGAUGCUGAAAAAGGCGCAUCUCCUUUAAAGAAGCAGAAGAAAGAAGAGGAAAAACGUGUAGAGGUACCGCAAGAACCAACGGAAUGUAUAACAGAAAUUCCACCGCCAGUGUACGAAGAAGGAGAAGGAUUCUCCAUAGAAGAAACAGCACCAGAUAGUCAUAAAUUUAAGUUAACAAUGUUCCAGCCUACAGAUCCUACAAACUUUUUCCGAACUGUUUCCAAGGAAUUAAAGCUCUUGAAGAGUUCACUUCCACCCGGUAUAUGGGUAAAAGGUUUCGAAGAUAGGAUAGAUUUAUAUUCGGUAAUGUUUCGAGGACCUGAGAAAACACCGUACGAAGAUGGUCUCUUCCUUUUCGACUUUCAAUUGUCCGCCGAUUAUCCAGUCGCUCCACCACUUUGCCAUUAUAUUUCCUACUGCAAUGAUAGAUUGAAUCCUAACCUCUACGAAGACGGAAAAGUAUGCGUGAGUUUACUUGGUACAUGGUCUGGUCGCGGAACGGAAGUUUGGACAAGUUCUUCGACUUUGUUGCAAGUUAUAGUUUCGAUCCAAGGCCUUAUUCUCGUACCCGAACCAUACUUCAAUGAGGCUGGAUUUGAAAAGCAAAAGGGCUCCCAACAAGGAAGAGAAAAUUCAAGAAUGUACAAUGAAAUGGUUGUACUGAAAUUAGUUCAAGCGCAGACUAAGCUGCUCCAACAUCCACCGCCUGUUUUCAAAGAUAUUAUUAUUGGACAUUUCAAGAGACACGCGAAGAAAUUAUUACAACGGCUGGAUCUGUGGAUGGAAAUUUCUGAACAGCACAAUAAUCAACACCCAUUGUCUCCGGUUACACCUACUACGUUCAAACAAAUAUCUGACGUUGAUGAAAAGAUACUCCCGGAAUUUCCAUUGAUACCAGCGUCAAGAGGAUUCUGUAUAACGCUUCGUAAAACACUAGCCACGUUCAAAGAGGUACUGAUUAAGGAAGGCAUUAUAGGCGGCAAUAGAGUACAGAACAGUGGAAUGAAAGAGCAAACUAAUAGUACUAAAAAUGAGUGUUACGAACCAUGUAAAACUGCUGAUGGUAACGCAAUGAAGCGUGAUAACAGCAAAAGAAAUAACAGUCAAGAAGAUAACUCUAAAUUAACUCCGAACGGUAAUUUGUCCAAGGACUGUGUUUUAUCUUCCUCGACGAAUAUUUCCGUCGCGCCAUUAAGCGAAACGAAGAAAAAGACUUCGGAUCGUACCAUCAGCUAGCCACAAGAAACGCCGCUGUCAUUGCUCCGCAGCUAGAGAUACUUGUUACUGUAGAGAAACCAUAUAGUAACUCAAUAAAUGCGAUUAUACAGGCACAUGCAAGAGCGAAUAAGACGUUGCUCUUGUAUACAAUAUCGUAAACUUCCGGGGUAUAUUACACGGUUAAUUUAUAUUUGUCAUAUUAUUUCGUUGUAUCCGUCGCGGAUAAUAUGAUAAUAAACUGUACUUAGUAUUGUCACGAUAGUUGCGGAGGGUGUUAGUACUUAUCGUACGACAUAAGCGUUUUACAAUAUUAUUUAUAUUUAUUUUUUUAUUUAAGUCAAUCUCCUUAGUGUAAUGUAAAAUAUAAUUGUUUACAACCGAGAAAGUCGUGUUUCUGUAAAUUUCAAAUUGUCUGCAUACAAACAAGCGAAACAUAAAAUAUUCAAUACAUGUGAAACGGGAUUACAGAAAAAAUUGUAUCGUGGAAAGAUAUUGCAUGCAACGAAAUAACGAUGAUUGCUUAACUCGAUAAGAUCAAUGUGCUCCUUUGUUUUCAUUUUUUGUAUGAUUAUGUAUUAUUUACAUUUGGUAGUGUAUACCGUUACUAUAUUCUAUUUAUUUACCGCCUCAAAACCUAAGAAUGACCACUUUAAAGAAUUAUUUUCUGGUCAGUCAUAUUGUCAGAGGAAUGUAAUUUUCCGAGUGUCACGUGUAAACAUUUUUUUUUUCUUUUUUAAGGAACAGUUUGCGUUUGUUUUCAAAUAUUUUAUAUAUUUCCGAGUAAUGUUUAUAUAUGAUGCAUUUUUUUCGUUUAUACGCCAAAACAUAUACAGGGUGUUCGGCCACCCCUGGGAAAAAUUAACAUGAAGUUGUUUUAAAAGUUGAUUUCCUUCUGAAAUUUAUGAUAGCAGAUAUGUACAGUAUUUGUCGCCAAUAGAGUAAAUAGUAAUUAUAAUAAUAAUAGUAAUUGGUCAAAACUGUAUGUACUCCAUUUACCACAUAAAUUCAUUUUGAGACACGCAAUAAGACGAAUAACAAAUAAUACGAAUAUACGGUUCCAAUAAAAAGGGAAGGAAAAGUUAAGAAUAAAAUUUGUCAAGUAAUAAACUUGAAUGAAAUUCAAGCACAGUAUUAUGUCUUAACCUCUAGAUCAAACAAUUUUUUUAUAUCCUUUAUAGUUUUUGAAAUAAUUUUGUGUGUAUGCUUAAAUCAGAGAUAUCGUAUCUAUGUAAGUACAUCGAAGUGUAUUUUUUCUUCUAUGAAAACAUAAGAGAUACUCUUCGACUGUACGGCAGUAUUACGAAGGAAUCACUUUAAAGUUUUGUGACUUUCAAAUUCUCGCGCCGAUAAAGCGUAAUUUUCACGGGUACAGGGAAAAGAAUUAAAGGCCAUUGGAAGUACUUGCUCGAGGCUUUCUUCGAAAUCAUAUGGUGCUGAAUAAAAACAAACAAGAAACGAGAGGAAAAAAACAGAUAUAGAAACUACAGUUUCUAAAGGAGAGAAAGAGAGAAAGAGAGUGUGUGUAUAAGUAGAAUGAUAGAAAAAUUAGAUGACGCAAAUAACGAGGAGAAAGAGAAAUGCGAAUGCUGCCGUUUCAGGCAGAGGAGAUUGUUAUAUGAAACGUGAUGUUUGGAAUGCCUUGUAUAUGUGCCAGUUAUUUCUAUUUCUAUUAUUAUGAUAAUUAUAUUUGCAAAUAACGUAAAGCUUUAUUUUCGCUGCAAUUACUUUAUCAAUUAUGUUAUCCAAAACAGAAGGAAUAUAUUAAUUAUCCAAAUGUUGAUGCCAACAAUUUUGAACCUUUGCUUCGAUGCUACAUUUUUCAAAUCCUUUGAAACGUCAUAGUCACGAUGAUUUCUUUCAUAAACUUCAUUUAUACAGCUUUGAAUUUAAAAAAGUUAAUAUUUUCACCAAACUUAUUUUACGUAAACGUUUCAAAGGAUUAGUCAGGAAUUAAACCAUAUACAUAUAUAUGUAUAUACCGGGUGUUCGGCCAUCUCUGAGAAAAAUUUUAAUGAGAGAUUCUAGAUAAUAUUAGAUUAGACGAAAAUCAACAAAUUGAUAUUCUUGAUUUUCGUCGUAUUUUGGCCUCUAGAAUCUCCCAUUAAAAUUUUCCCCAGAAGUAGCCAAACACAUUGUAUAUAUAUAUAAUAUGCAACCUUUCCUCAGAUUAUAGCUCAUUUAAUGUAAUUUACUAUGUAUUUAUGUUACGCAUGUCAAGAUGAAGUAAAAUUCUGUGGGUUUGCAUUCAUUUGAGAGUCCUUUCUGAUUGGCAUCAACCACUAUAAUAUUACACGGAUCAUGUAAUAAGCUA